UGCCUUCUCAAGCUAACCAUGAUGUUGGAGAUCUUACGAGACGCGCAAAUAUGAACCUGUAGAUUCGCCCAUCUUCCAGCGUGAUCAAAGCUUUAUCCUCUUCACAUGGAACUGUAGUUUCUGAGGCAGAUCUUGACUGGGAAAGGGUCAGAUUGGAAGCUCUGGUGAUGCAGAACACCCAUCUUUCUCUUCGCAUCCCCAACUGUCCCCUGCGUACCUAACAUGACCCAUUAAUUUCGUUCCCGUGUUCAUACUCCUCCGAGAAGUCGAGCCAACAGCGGUCUUCGACGAACGGAAUUGGAAGAGAGCGGCGAUUCGUACGAGGCAACGUCGAAGAUGCCAUCCCUGAGAAAAAUUUCGUCUCUCGUCGCGAGUCUUCCGCUUCCUUCCCCAUGCGAUGACUGACUGUAACUCUGUCGAUAGCCAGGGUAGACUGCAGGAGCUGUCGAGAGCGGAAGCAGUGAAGACCGAAGAGAGAGUUGGAAAUUUCGUGGAAGCAGUUGCAGGUGUGAUGUAUAGUCCAAGAAGAAGGACAAGCCACAGGUGCGUGUCUACGCAGGCAAAGCACUCCGUGAUCCUAAAUCGUGUGGGUAAAGAGGAAGGCUCCAUAGCGAAGCAACAGGUGGCAGAAGCGGCGUCUCACCCGGUUCCCACCUGACGCAGUUCCUCCUCCUCCCCUGUCAAAUCAGUUCUCACUCGCGAGGUUUUCUUACCUGGGAUUUCAGCUCGAUUCUUGAUUUCCUGUCUUCGAUCCACCUGAGUUCUUGUCGGAAUUCAUAUCCCCUUCUCCGAAACAUGGCAUGCUUUGGCUACUUCAAGAAGAAGCCGAACGGUGCACCGGAGAGGAGCAGUGCCCCCGCCACGACGCCUGCGACUACUACUUCCUCGAGUUUUAGCACCAGUCGGUCCGACGAUUCGGCCGCCGGAAGGCGUUGGAGCAGGUCAACGGGGUCUACGACGUCACAGAAGAGCAUUCCGGCUUUGUACGAGGAGAGGGGUCACAAGCUGCGUGUUUUUGAGCUGGAUGAACUGAGGAACGCUACCAAUGACUUCAGCAGAAUGAAUAAGAUUGGGGAAGGUGGGUUUGGGAGAGUCUACAAGGGUUAUGUCAGACAUCCGGAUGGAAUUGGGGGCAGGAAGCUGGUGGCCAUAAAGAAGCUCAACCAAAAAGGCUUGCAGGGUCAUAAGCAAUGGUUGGCAGAAGUUCAAUUUCUUGGAGUUUUUGAGCACCCAAAUCUUGUGAAGCUUCUUGGUUACUGUGCACAAGAUGAUGAGAGAGGGAUUGAAAGGCUAUUGGUCUAUGAGUUUAUGCCAAACAAGAGUUUGGAAGAUCAUCUAUUUAGCAGGGCUUAUCCUCCUCUUCCCUGGAAUUUGAGAUUGCAGAUAGCUUUGGGUGUGGCUGAAGGCUUAGAAUACCUACACGAGGGAGAAGUUCAGGUGAUAUACCGGGAUUUUAAAGCAUCAAAUGUAUUGUUAGACAAAGAUUUCAAACCAAAACUAUCAGACUUUGGCUUGGCACGGGAGGGACCAACAGCUGGGCACACUCAUGUGACUACGGCGGUUGUAGGCACGUAUGGAUAUGCAGCUCCAGACUACAUAGAGACGGGACAUCUCACAAUUAAGAGCGACGUAUGGAGUUUUGGAGUGGUUCUUUACGAAAUCCUUACAGGCAGGCGUUCGUUAGAGAGGAAUCGGCCACCAAAUGAGCAGAAGCUUUUGGAAUGGGUGAGGCAAUUCCCUGUAGAGACCAGGAAGUUCAGCAUGAUCAUGGACCCGAAACUAAGAAAUGAAUUCUCUCUCAAAGCUGCACAUGAAAUAGCUAAGUUGGCCAACAGAUGCCUGGUCAGGGAUCGUAAAGAGCGUCCAUCGAUGAGUGAAGUCGUAAAGUGUUUGAGAAGAGCCAUACAGAUGGAGCCCCCAGUGAAAGAACUUACUCUACCGACGGAUUCAAACAGGAGGAGAAUCGAUGCUGAAUCUUCAAGGAGGUAGCUGUUUCAUCAGCUAAAUUGAGGGCUGUGGUCCAUAUGGUUACAAGGAGAAUGCGUUUUGCAAAUUGAAGGCUUCAAGUUUCAGAAAAGUAAACGAGGUGCUAUCGGUUUCGGUACCGAAUUAUAUUCCUUACGCAACUUGGAAGUAUCAAUUUCGCUGAUAUGUAAUUAUCAAAUUUGUUUGCUUUCUUAUUCUUCUUUCUUCCACUAGUGUAUGUAACUCAGCGAGUAGCAGAUUAGAAUCAUGAGUUCUAGUUGGAUUGUAAAAGACCUGGCCAAAUAAGCUUGAACUUGCGAGUUGCACUUUGCUUGUA